CGAUUACUGAACGAGCGCAGCGCCUCUUCCUAUCGCCGAAGACGCGUGGCGGAACUCGAGGAUCGUACGCACCGACGUUCACCUUCGCGAUCUCUCCUCAAUUCCUUUCGGUGAACUUUUCAGUAGUUCUUGAUACACUCGCUCGAAAUCAUGUACUGGAACUGGAUCCCGUUUCUGGCGCUGGCAGUUGCUGCCCACGCCGUGUAUUUGCCUCCCCUAAUAGAGGACGAGCAGCUUCUAACCGACACUCUUCGCGAUUUGUUGAACCAAAUGGGAAACGACCUUGCGGACGCCGCUGACUCGUACCUGGAGUACCAGGACAAACCUAAAGAAAUUCCUAUCGAGUUACCCGCUGAUUACGACGGCAUGGACACCUUGAACCCUAAUCCCAGCAUCCGCGAUCAGGAGUAUCUGCAACACAGCACGCUGUGGAGUCACCAGCGUUUUAACAAUAACGAGUCGAACGAAAGGCAAAAAAUCAAGCCUGGAACCGUCAAAUUCAUCAAGGACGAGAAAGCUGAGAACGCAUUGCCUGCAUACUGCACGCCCCCGAAUCCUUGUCCGGUUGGUUACACGAGUGAAAACAACUGUAUCGAGAAUUUCGAGAACACGGCAACGUUCAGUCGCGACUAUCAGAACGCGCAAGAUUGCAUGUGCGACAAAGAGCACAUGUUUGAUUGUUCCGUUGAUUCCUCUAACAGCAACAGUCUGGCAAGCAUGCAUAUACCGAGCACCAACUUCAAUCGAAUCAUUGAUCAAUUCCAAGCGGAGGACAACCCCUUCUUCCGCGGUGAAAAGUUGCCAAUCGCCGCGAAGAAAGGUAUAAACGUCGUCUACUAAAACUUUUGGCAUAUCUUAGAAGACGGAAUUUUUUGAAAUACGAACCAAGAAUAUUACAUUAAAAUAUUUCAAGUUAUAUCGAUCGAUACCCCCAAUCCACCACACGUGCGAUCUGGUAAAAAUCUAAUGGAUUGAAGAAAUUUUACAUAUUCCAAAAAUCUGGUGCUAAUUAAGAUUAUUCGAGUAUUUUGAUAUCAUACGAUUACCGCUGGUACAGAGGGAUAACAUUGAGCCGAUGUAUAUGUAUAUCCAUCGAACGAUAUCUUGUGACGUAUGCAUGUAUUAUGUUUUUAAAACCAAUAUAUGUCUGUUACCGGAAGUUAAUUCUUGAAAUUAUACGAAUUCCAAUUAUAGAAAAUUUAUCACUGUUUUAUGGAAUGAUAUAUAUUAAUAUUGAGACGAUGUUAAAUAUUUUAACUGUAAAAAUAUGCUUCCGUAAUAUGUAACGCAUUUGAAUUGUAUUUUUACUCUCGUACAGCAAUAUAACGGGGACUACUAGUUUUAUUAUUUACAGGAUUCAAAAAAAUAUAUAUUUUUUGAAACAAUA